AUGGGGGCUUUCAUCGCCAAGAUGCUCCUGCCCACCGUCAGCAGCGUGGUCUUCCUGCCCGCCGCCAGCGUGGCCGCCAAGCGAGGCUUCCACAUGGAGGCCAUGGUCUACUUCUUCACCAUGUUCUUCACCGCCAUCUACCACGCCUGCGACGGACCCGGCCUCUCCAUCCUGUGCUUCAUGAAGUACGACCUCUUGGAGUAUUUCAGUGUCUACGCCACGGCUCUCUCCAUGUGGGUCACUCUGAUUGCUCUGGCCGACUUCGACGAACCGCAGCGUUCCACCAUGACCAUGUUCGGAGUUCUCACCACCGCCGUCAGGAUCUACCAAGACCGCUGGGGCUACGGGAUCUACUCAGGCCCAAUCGGAUCUGCCGUCUUCAUCAUAACCGUCAAAUGGCUGCAGAAGAUGAAGGAGUUGAAGGCGGUCUACCCCGACAAGCGGGUCUACACGCAGCAGGUCGGUCCCGGGUGCUGUUUCGGCGCCCUGGCCCUCAUGCUACGGUUCUACUUUGAGGAGUGGGACUACGCCUACGUGCACAGCUUCUACCACCUGUCCCUAGCUGUGUCUUUCGUCCUGCUGCUGCCCAAGAAGAACCGCUACGCCGGGACUGGACGGAACGCCGCCAAGCUCAGCUGCUGGACCCUCUGCUGCUGCAGCGUGUCCCCCGGCUCGUCCAAAGACAAGACCAACAAGGCGGCGAAGAAGUCGAAACGUUCCUUCCUGGGCAAGACGAAAGACCGCGACUCCCCCGUUCUGCCCCUGUUCUCCCCCCCGCCCGACACACCCGUCAAAGGCACCAGCAUCAGCAAGCUGAAGGAGAUGAACGGCUGGAAGUGACAGGAACAGGAAGUGACACGGGAGCGGCUGCUAACUUCAUUUGGUUUUUCAGCUGCUAGAACAUUUAAGGUCAGCCCGACCUGCAGGUGAAGGAGACCACGGGCAGAACCCGUCAAUGGCGGCCGGGAACAGCUGGGCGCCAAAAUGUAUAAAUUGUCUGAAAUGUUCCUCCGUCUGUCUGUCGGCGCUCGCACCUCCGGACUUCCUCCUGAGGGGAGGAACAGGUCUCUGCCAAGACUGCAGACACCAGACUGAAAGCGCCUGAUGAGUUCUGGAGGGCGACCCACUCGUCUGCCUGGAUCUCCACCGCCAGGAUGUUUGUUUUUUUUGUACCAGCGCGUCAUUCGUCAAGUCAAACGUCAAAGAUUUUUUAUUUACGGAGCGCUUGGAAUAUUUUACAGAACCAGAACCCCCGAGGGGGUUUCGGCCUCGCUAAUCCAAACCUGCCGCGUGCACGUCACCUGCCCCGAACACGACACUAAGGCUACAAACGUGCGCUGCGUGCUCGCCUCAGACAAAACAGUCGACGGCCAAAACGUGAACGAGGAAUGUUUUGAGCCGGGGCCAAGCCGCCGGCUCUCGUGCACGGAGACCGGUGUUAUUGUCUGGGCCGGGC